AUGUUGUCCCAGUUCUCCAACUAUUUCGCGCCAAACAGUUCGAAGAAGCUGAAAAUGACAAUUGGGAAUCUUGUUUCUGAGAAUAAGAAAACAAGGAAGAAGAGGGAAAUUGUUGAUGAGAAUGAGCCUUUGAUACCUAAGUCUCAAGAAACGAAUUCCGAGUUUCAUGAAUUUAAUGGAGCUUCGUUUUCUGGGGCUGUUUUCAAUUUGGCAACCACAACUAUUGGUGCUGGAAUCAUGGGGUUGCCUGCUUGUGUUAAGAAAUUGGGAAUGGUGCCGGGUCUUAUUGCCAUAAUCCUGACAGCAUUGUUGACGGAGAAGUCGCUUGAGUUCAUGAUCAGGUUUUCAAGGGCGGGGAAUCUUUCUGCCUAUGGAAGUCUUAUGGGGGAUUCUUUUGGGAGAUUUGGAAAAGCUUUGUUGGAGAUAUGUGUUGUGAUCCAUAACACUGGUUCUUUGAUUGUCUACAUGAUUAUUAUCGGUGAUGUGAUUUCUGGAACAACUUCAAGUGGAAUUCACCACGCUGGUAUCCUUGAAGGAUGGUUUGGUGUCCAUUGGUGGACUGGGCGUACAUUUGUUAUUGUUUUUACAACACUUUUUGUGUUUGCACCUUUGGUUAGUCUUAAGCGAAUUGAUUCAUUGAGAUACACAUCUGCAUUGUCAAUUGGGUUAGCUGUUGUUUUCCUUAUCGUCGCUGUGGGGAUCUCAAUUAUCAAGAUUAUUAGUGGUGGCAUUGGAAUGCCCAGACUCUUCCCGGUCAUUACUGACGCAGCUUCAGUUUUUGAUCUAUUCACUGUUGUUCCUGUGCUGGUGACCGCUUACAUCUGUCACUACAAUGUUCACAGCAUAGAUAAUGAACUGGAAGAUUCCUCAUGGAUGCAGGGGGUUGUGCGUACUUCCCUUACUCUAUGCUCUUCAGUGUACUUACUGACAAGCUUCUUUGCAUUCCUUCUAUUUGGUGACGAAACUCUCGAUGACGUGCUUGCCAAUUUUGAUACUAAUCUUGGAAUUCCUCUCGGUUCGGUGCUCAAUGACACUGUUCGUUUUAGCUAUGCUGCACAUCUUGUGCUUGUAUUUCCUGUAGUUUUCUAUGGAUUAAGGGUCAACGUAGAUGGUCUGAUAUUUACCUCAUCGAAAAGGCCUUUGGUUAUUGAUAACUUCAGAUUUGCAUCAAUUACUAUUUCCCUCGUUGGCAUUAUCUUCAUGGGAGCAAACUUCAUACCUAGCAUUUGGGAUAUUUUCCAGUUCACUGGAGCAACUGCUGCUGUUUGUCUAGGAUUCAUAUUUCCAGCUGCAGUCACUCUGAGGGAUCGACACAACAUAGCAACUAAAACAGACAAAAUACUAUCUGUUUUUAUGCUAGUCCUGGCAGUCUUGUCAAAUGCUAUUGCUAUAUACAGUGAUGCCCAUGCCUUGAUCAACAAAAAUAAAAAUGUCUGA